CUCGCCAUUGGUGUUCCCCUCGCGAAUUGCUGUUCCACGGCGCCUUUACAGAUGUGAUGGAUCUGGUCAACAUGCAGCUUUCACUAUGUUAAGGCUCUAGACGCCUGCCAAGGUUGCAUGUCUGCCGACAGGGUUUGCCUUCCAUGCAGAGGACCUCCCCAGCUUUCUACCCUUUCCGGCUGGGAGGCUCUCUAUUGAACAUGGCACUCAUUGACAUUUGGUCUGCUGGUCGCUUUCAUCUUGGUUUCCUACCUCUUCUUUCUCAUCCUCCUCCGUCUGGUCUACGGUUGAAAGGUCUCUUUUUCGUGCUUUCUUAGUGAUUUUGGUUUGCUGACUGCACGUAUCUUCAUUUCUACUUGUCCGGUGCAGCUGGUCUGCUAUUCGACCUCAUUCAUUCCUCAUACUGACAGCUGCUGCAACGGAGACGACCAAAAUGUCUAAUCAGGGCUUUUCGCUGUUCCCAACCACUGUGCCUAAGAUCUCCAUCCCAAACCCUCACAGAAAGGCCCCAAGUCUGCACAGUAUUAGCCUAGUGGCUUCGCCAGAAAGCGCCGUCUCGCCCAAUGCAGAGUCAGUGGUCAUCAGAAUGGAAGGGGAGCGGCCACCGCUGCCUCAACUACCGGCUCAUCUCGGUCCUGGAAGAUAUCCCUCCCCCUCACCAGAAGAUAUCGGCCGAGCAGUAACGACUUCAUCUCCCAUCGACGGCAAGACACCUACGCAGCGUGUCCCUCCUCCACCACUACCAGUUACAUAUACACCUUCGUUAUAUGAGUCACCGAAACCAAUGUAUUCGUCUCCGCAAGCAAUGCAAUCGCCGCAGCCUUCAUUUACCCUAGGCAUGGGGUCUGCCACAACUCUCAUCCAGACACAGAAUCUCAUCACGAGAAAGUCUCCGGUAGACCCCUCGCCAGUCGUUCCGAUACGAUCCAUGUUCCCAACUUACGACCCGUCUGUUCAUCUGACAAAGCAGUCGUAUGUGCCUCAACGACCAGUGCCCGCUCGAUUAUCGGGCCUUGGGCCCAUCGGUGCAUUAUCAAGGGAGGACUACAGGAGCAGCCUGUCCAUGCCGUUUGCCGCCUCAGCGCAAAGGACAGCACCAGCAAGUAUCCUCAAUUUCCCCUCGGACGUGAUGAGCGUCAACAUGGGGCCCCGUAUCUCAACCCAGCGAGACUUGGAGAAAUUGUGGGAAGCCUCUCAUGGAACAGAGCCGGACUUUGCGAUCAAAUCGUUCACGCUAGAAAUGGCACGAACAGAAGAAGCAACCUUCAUUUUCGGAUCCCACCCAUCAAUGCCAUUCUACACGCUGCAGACGUACGACAACAACGAGAUCGCCAUCUCCAAAACCUGCCCCAGAAAGUCAACAUUGACACGGGACGUCGCUCUGUGUCCCCUCGAACCUUCAUCACGCAGACAGCCGCCCAGUGACGGUCUUGUGGCUUUCAUCUUCCCCAAACUCGCUGCCAUGAUGGCAAUCAACCAAUCUGCCUCGUUAGCCCGGGAACAUAACCUUGCGCCAACAGACCGGGACGACAUCGAAGCUCAAGCUGUCCGCCGCGCCGCCAAACAAGAGGCGUGCAACCUACGAUACAACGCACGGGGUGGAUUCUACGAGCUCGAACAUCCGGCCAUCGGUCGCGGUGCCAUGAGCGGUGAUUUUGCAAUGCAAUCGCCUUUGCCUUCCUCCCCGACCACGAUAAGGAGUAUCACGGGGAAACCCGUUCUGCAUAUCACCGUUUCAACGGACGGCCCCUUACCAACGAUCAGUGUGGUUGACCCGAAUGCCUCGAGGCGUAUGGGCACAAAUCCUUUGCCUCUCACGCCCGUGACGUCCGGCGCCCAAUCGAUCCGCCGACUCUCGACGAUUCCAUUGACAGAUACCACUAGUGGUGGAACGGCGCUCGCAACACUCGAUCUCACAGCUCAAACACUCUUUAUCGACGCGAAUGGGAUUCUAGAGCUCAUGCCCAGCCUAUUCAGUCUCGAUUGUAUCGUGUCCGCGAUACUAGCUGUUGCCGUGACGGACGCUGCGACGAAUCCUGCGAUGGGGGCCAUGGAGAUUUGGAGGCCAAGUCCUGCACCAGCGUCGAGGUUUGGAGGAACUACGAAGAGGCCAGGCAGUGUGAAGAGUUAUGCGGGAAGUGCGUUUUACGCGACGAUCGCGGAGAGAGACGAGGCGGAGGAAGAAGCUAAGUUGAUGCGUGAGACGCAUGAGAAGGAUGUUCGUGGCAGAGGAACUGUCAAGAUGGAUUCGCGGACGUGGUUUGGGUGGAAGAAGGAUGGAGAGCAGGAGAGUGAUGAUGUAGAGAAAGGAGGCUUCAGAGGAAUGAGCAAGGGCAAGAAAGGGAAAACGAAGAAGAUUGUCAUGACGGAGUUCGAUCUCGAGAAGAUGGGACAUUAUCAGUCGGGCGAUCGACAGGGACAGGAGUUGCCUGUGGUCACGAGGAGCGCGUUGGGUGGUUUGGUUGUGGGCUUGAAGUUGCUGGUUUGGGCGUUGACUAUGAUCGUCCAGGUUCUGGCUUGGGUGUUGGUGCAUGUGUCGAGGGCGGUGACAAGUGAGAAGUUUUGAGCUGCUCCUAUGUUGGUUUCAGGAAUGGUGGUGGUGUUCGGGCAGUACUUAAUUGCGUAGGCUGGGUAGGUAAGGUCUUAUCUCAGAUACAAUACCAGUAUAUAGAAGUGGCCAGACUCAUUAGGGUUGAGGUCCAGAUCCAAGAUCAAUCUACAAAUUCCCAAGAGUGAU